GCCCAGGGAGAACGGCGGGCCGGGCCGGGCGGCCGCCGCCGGUCCGCCAUGCUGUUCCGUUUCGGCGUGGUGCUGCCGUCCCGCAUGACGGCGGGCGGCGGGGCGCUGCUGGUGGCCGGCUCGCGGCCGGAGCUGGGCGGGUGGGACCCGCAGCGCGCCGUGCCCAUGAAGCCGGCGCGGCCGAGCGCCCCGCUGCCGGCCCAGGAGCCCGCGCUGUGGCUGGCGGAGGUGGCGCUGCCCGACGAGGCCGCCGCCAGCCCCUUCUGGUACAAGUUCCUCCGGCGGCAGGGCGGCGACCUCUGCUGGGAAGGUAAUGGGCCCUGUCAUGACCGAAGUUGUGUUUACAACGAGAGCAACAUAGUAGAUGGAGUUUACUGCCUCCCAAUAGCACAUUGGAUUGAAAUCUCUGGACAUACUGAUGAGAUGAAACAUACAACUGACUUCUAUUUUAAUAUUGCAGGACAUCAGGCUAUCCAUUACUCCAGAAUUCUGCCAAACAUCUGGCUGGGAAGUUGCCCUCGGCAACUGGAGCAUGUGACCGUCAAGCUGAAGCACGAGCUGGGUGUUACGGCUGUGAUGAACUUCCAGACCGAAUGGGACAUUGUUCAGAAUUCCUGGGGAUGCAACCGCUAUCCGGAACCUAUGAGCCCCGAAAUUCUCAUGAAACUGUAUAAAGAGGAAGGUAUUGCCUAUGUCUGGAUGCCAACCCCAGACAUGAGCACUGAAGGAAGAAUACAGAUGUUGCCACAAGCUGUCUGCCUCUUGCAUGGGCUACUGGAGAAUGGACACACUGUCUAUGUUCAUUGCAACGCUGGUGUUGGCAGGUCUACGGCUGCUGUCAGUGGCUGGCUGAAGUACGUGAUGGGAUGGAGCCUGCGGAAAGUGCAGUACUUUUUGGCUUCCCGGAGACCAGCUGUCUACAUAGACGAGGAAGCUCUGAAUCGUGCUGAAGAUGAUUUCUACCAGAAAUUUGGGCGUCUUCAUUCCUCGUGCAAAAUACAAGAAUAGGAAAGCAGAAGAGGAAAUUAAGGGUGAAGAGGAAACCUUAAAUUUGGACCCUGAGGACUUAGAAAUCAUGAAUCAGACAUCUGCCUGUCCUCUUCAGAUUAUAAACUUGUCAUAAAAGUCAUGAGAAUUUUGUUUAAAAAGUGCCUUUGAGGUUUUUUAUUUGCUUUCUUUAAGCUGACAUGAUUCAUGUUUUCAAGCCUUUUGCUGCAAGUAUGAGACCUAGAAACUCUGCAAAGUGAAACUAAGAUUUUCUUUUUAACUACUUGCCUACGGGAACUGCGGUUUUAGGAUAGACACUAAAUAAAUUGUGAGAUGAAAUAGUUAGAGUUGGCAAUAUUUCAGUGACAAGAAGGAGAAGGCAUUCUCAGAAAAACAGAUACAAAGGUUGACUGGAUUAAGGUUCAGAUUAGGAUGGAGCUGAUCAUUAUCAAGCUUCUCAGUUAUUUUAGGUGGCAUGUACAUUACUGAAGUGUUUUCUAGUGAUUUUGUAGACAAUUGGUAUUAAUGAAAAAGACCAGAAGGAAACUUUUUUUUCAGCUCAGUCUCUUAAACAAAAAGCUAAUGUCUAAUGCAGUGAACUAAAAUUUGCUCUCUUUGCCUAUAUAGUUAAUGUUAAAUAUUAUGAGUUACAGCUAUAUUCUUUUAUGACAUUGGGGUUAUGUGGGGAUGUGGUGUGAAGAGGGGAAACAUCUCCUCUUACUGCAGUCUUACUCUGUUGCAGGGAAGGGCUACUAUUUAUUACAUUAUCCUAGGCUGUGAGAUCUCUAAGUCUAAGAUACAUUUUGCUUUUCUGGUCCAUGCAGUGCUGUACAGUAGGCUCCCCAGGUGCCAGGUCAAUCUAAGCAGUAACCACUGGGCUAAAACAGGACCUAUAGGAACUGCAUGAUAAGCCUGGGCACGAGAUUGACACCGCAGUCUCUGUGUUGUUGACCUGGAUUCAUUUCUUCACUAUAGCAAAAGUCUUUCCUUGUGCAAGCAGUGUGUGGAUGUUCACAGAUGCUAGAUUUGGCCGAUUGAGGCUAAUGCUGGGCUAUCUCUGGGGUGAAUGAAGUGAAUACAUUCCUCUCUAGGAGCAAAGAGCAACUCUGAGGAGGGUUUCUCAGGAGCUGAGCCUCAGUAGGCUAAUGUUGACUUCGUGAAUGAUCCCUAAUGUUUUCCAGUGCUGCUUAGUCCUUUAGCUAAACUAAGCAGUGGCACCAGUAGCUUCCAGCACUGUUCAGGUAAAACCAAUUUGCUGUAGGUUAAGUCCAAGAGAGAAGGGAGAGAAAGCAUUUCCUAAGGAACAGAGGAUUAAGGAUGCAUAAGCAUUAAGAAACCUAAUUUCUAUAGGAUUAUUCUUCAGUAAAAUCUCAUUUUUUUCCAGCCAACUUGUUCCUCUGAAGACCCAGUAAGUGCCAGAGUAGUUUAGCUGAUUGAUAUAUAGAUAGAUAGAUAGAUAGAUAGAUAGAUAGAUAGAUAGAUAGAUAGAUAGAUAGAUAGAUAGAUAGAUAGAUAGAUAGAUAGAUAGAUAUAAUCUGAAUACUUAAUGGAGAAACUAUUAGAUAUGAACUGUUUAUGGACAGUGUCCAGAGUAAUUUAAGUUUUAUUUAUCUUAUACUUCAAUCAUCUUCAAAAGGAAAAAUGUUUAUUUAAGUUAUUCUAUAUGUAUGGUUUUGAUCAUGACUUUGCUUCUGGUUUUUUGAAAUAACACUGGCUGUUUAGAAAAUGGAUGAGAAAAGUUCUCUAUUAAAUAAAAACAUAAUGACAAUUCCAGCAGCCCAUUUUGUUAUAUGUCUUU